UUCAAUCGUGUCAACACCAAAAAUAAAAAUUGCCGUUAAAUAGUUGUUCCUCGUGCAAGACAAUAAAAAAUGCUUUCAAAAUUAACAAAUAUUCCAAGUGUUCCAGAUUUUUACAAGGGAUCCGAUAUUUUAAUUACAGGCUCAACAGGAUUUCUGGGAUUAGUUUUGAUCGAGAAAUUAUUAAGAAGUUGCUAUGAUUUAAACAAAAUUUACGCAAUCGUUCGACCAAAACGUGGAAAAUCAGUGCAAGAACGAAAAAGUGUCUUUUACGACUCAGUGCUUUUUGACGAUUUGUUAAAAAACAAUCCAAAAGCUCUCGAUAAAUUGGAGUUAAUUGAAGGAGAUAUUAGUUUGCCUCGUCUUGGAGUCUCAGAAGUUGAUCGUAAACGAUUGGAAAAUGUGUCAGUGGUGUUCCAUUCGGCUGCGUCAAUUCGCUUUGAUGAGCCAUUAAAGGAAGCAAUUUUGAGUCAUGUACGAGGAACACGUGAAUUACUUGAGUUAUCUCUUACGUUCAAGAAGGUUCGCGCUUUUGUUCAUGUGUCAACCGCUUAUUGUAACAUGGAUUUGGGCAGUCUCGAGGAUGUGAAAGCAAAUCGUUUGAAGGAAAUUGUGUAUCCGAACAUGGAUGAUUGGCAAAAUGUCAUUAAAUUAGCGGAAAAUUUGGAUGCAGAUACCUUGAAUAUUUUAACAACGCAUUUCACAAAAUACUCGGUAAAUACAUACCUUUACACGAAAGCACUUGCGGAAAAUGUUUGCUCAGCGUAUCAAGACAAAAUCCCGGUUGUGAUUUAUCGUCCCACUGUCGUCAUCGGAAAAGGUCAAGAACCGCUACGAGGAUGGUCAACCACAUUAAACGGUCCCGCAGGCUUAUCAAUUGCCGGUUUUAUGGGAAUUAUGCAAUGUAUGUACGGCAGACUGGAAAAUCCCAUUGACAUGGUUUUCGUGGAUGCCUCAAUUAACGGCAUGAUUGUGGCAGCAUGCAAGCGACACUUGAUCGACACCGAAACAGCUGUCUACAUUUCCACCUCAGCACGUGCCAGCUCGCAGGAAAUCAUUUAUAAUAUCGACGACAUCAAAGAUUACGCACCCAUGUCGAUGACAAUUUGGCGUUGUACUGUCGGAGACACAACCUGCAUUUACAAUUUCAAACUCCAAAGUGUAUUAUUUCACAUGAUACCCGCAAUUUUGAUUGACACAGCGCUCAAACUUACCGGAAAUCAGCCAAGAUUACUAAAGUUGCAGCAAAAAAUUCAAAAGACACAAUUGGCUCUGGUUCAUUUUGUGACACAUGCCUUUGAAAUGCAUAACUUUAAGUAUUUACAGCUGAAGAAUUUCUUAAAUGAGUCUGAUAAGAAAACUUUUGACAUGAUUAUGAAGGAUGUUACGGCCGAAAGUGUCGAUUUCAUUAAGAAAACGCAAAAAUGUGCACGGAAAUUUAUCAUUAAGGAUCCGGAUGAGACAAUUCCAGCUGCGAGAAAACGUAUUGAAAUACUGAUAAUGGCAGAUAAAGUAGUGAAGUUUUUAUUCUAUGGAGGAAUUGCUUAUAAAUUUUAUGAUUACAUGUUAUUUUCAAUGAUUGGAAUACCGACAAUUCCCAGCUUUUAUGCAAAUAGAGACGUUUUUAUUACCGGUGCAACAGGUUUUGUUGGCAAAGUUUUGAUUGAAAAAUUGCUUAGGUCAUGCAGCGAAAUCAAUAGAAUUUUCAUUCUUGUGCGUAACAAAAAAGGAAAGGCAGCCAGUGAUCGUAUUAAGGAGUUUGAAGAUUGUCCGUUAUUUGAUAAAGUUCGAGCAGAAGACCCAAAUAUCCUGUCGAAACUUGUUCCCGUGUUUGGUGAUGUGACACAAUUGGGUCUCGGACUCUCGGAUUCCGAUAAAAAGUUGAUGGAAAAUGUCUCGGUGAUAUUUCACAGUGCGGCAUCCGUUCGUUUUGACGAUCCCCUGAAGGAGGCAAUUUUGAUGAACACUCGAGGCACACGGGAAAUGCUCGAUUUUGCACUUACCUUGAAAGAUUUGAAAGUAUUUUUGCAUGUAUCGACGACAUAUUGCAAUGCGGACCACAAAGUCAUUGAGGAACGUGUCUACGAGCCACACAUGGAUUGGCGAAAAGCGAUUCAAAUUGCCGAAACGACAGAUGCGUACACGCUGGACAUCCUUUGUAAGAAAUUCACGGAUAAUUUGCCAAAUACGUACGUUUUCACGAAGGGUCUUUCGGAAAAUGCUUGCGACGAGUACAAACACAAGAUACCGAUAAGCAUUUUUCGUCCUGCGGUGGUGAUUGGCAUUCAAAAGGAGCCCAUUCCCGGUUGGUGUGCGAACUUUAAUGGACCAACGGGACUUAUUGUUGGCGCGGGAUCGGGAGUUAUUCGCGGUUUUUGUUGCGACAUGAAUUCGCCGCUUUAUUGCACGCCUGCAGAUACGUGCGUUAAUGCCAUAAUUGUCGCGGCAUGGAAAAAAGCCGUAAAAUUGGAUAAGGAAACGCUGCCUAUCUACAAUUGUGCAACGGGAAAAACGAAUGUCGCGGAAAUGACGGGACCCGUGUUGCUAGAAGCAUCCAGAAAAUACCCACUUUCGUUGGCGAUUUGGGUGCCAAAUGGAACUAUCACCAGUAGUCCGUUCAUCUAUUUCUUUGUCAAUAUUUUCGUGCAUGUUUUGCCCGCCAUUUUGCUGGAUACAGUACUGAAAUUGGCGGGAAAACCUCCGAUGCUUUUGAGACUCCAGAGGAAAGUAACGAACGCUGGCGAUGCUCUUCGAUAUUUCGUGACGAAACGAUUCGAUAUGAGGUGUCAAAAUUACAUCUCUCUCCCGGAAUUCAUCCUUCCAGAUGACAAACCCGCCUUUGAUUUUAUUGUACAUGAAGAAAAUGUCGACCGGUAUAAGUACAUGAUGGAUCAAGUCAUUGCCGGAAGGGUAUAUCUCCUCAAAGAUCCGAUGGAAAAUUUACCGGCAGCUCGUAAAAAAAUGAAAAUAUUGGUUGCGAUCGAUUUUGCGGUGAAAUUCAUCUUGUUCCCGCUAAUUUUUUACUUUUUAUUUGGGAAACAACUCCAAAAUGUGUUUCAACGGUACUUCCUGCCCUAAUUAGAAUUCAAAAAAAAUGUCAACAAUUUGGUGAAUGGUGAACAAUAAAUCAGAAAUUUAGCCGGAAAUAAAAUUUACAUACAAUAAGGUCAAAAGUUUACAAACUUUUUACUUUUCUUGAAAAUUUUACAACAUGAACUGCUAUAAAAAACUAUUUUUUUUUAUCUUCCCAUUACCUCAUUUUUAUUUAA